CUUUAACACACGGGAGCCCGACUCUUCCUCAGCAUCGGGCUUGUUAUACGGGAGGUGCGUGGACGGACACAUUGCAUCAUAUCAAGAACCGGACAAAGAGAAACUGGGUGAAAAGGUGACGUGGAUUGUUUCCUGUCUCAGGUAAGAAUGCCCUCCGUUCCUGUCAAGGCUGAGAACGACAGCUCCGCUGGCUCCUGCCCAGUGUCUGCUCAGUCCCACCAGGGCGCGGUGAACGGAGACGACAGCACCGUGGAGAUGAAGUGGAUUCGCCCCGAUACCCCCAGCAAGUGCACCUGGAGGCUGGGAGCCCCUCCCACUGAGUCCCCGCACCUCCACCUUGAGCUAACAAAACCUCCUGGCAUCAUGCCGAACAUCCUGAUGAAUAUCGGCAACACCCCACUAGUACGAAUCAACAAGAUCGCAAAGGCCUACGGGAUCAAGUGUGAAGUGUUGGCUAAGUGUGAGUUCUUCAAUGCUGGCGGCAGCGUCAAAGACCGGAUCAGCCUGCGUAUGGUGGAGGACGCGGAGAAGGCUGGGAUUCUGAAGCCAGGUGACACCAUCAUUGAGCCAACAUCGGGAAACACUGAAACCACAGGAAUCGGACUGGCGCUGGCUGCGGCUGUCAAAGGCUAUCGUUGUAUCAUCGUGAUGCCUGAAAAAAUGAGCAUGGAAAAGGUGGACGUUCUCAGAGCCCUGGGGGCCGAGAUUGUAAGGACUCCCACCAGCGCUCGUUUCGACUCCCCGGAGUCACACGUUGGAGUGUCCUGGAGACUCAAGAACGAAAUUCCCAACUCCCACAUCCUGGACCAGUACCGCAAUCCCAGCAACCCCCUGGCCCACUAUGACUCCACGGCGGAAGAGAUUCUGCAGCAGUGUGACGGUAAAGUGGACAUGCUGGUGGCUGGGGCUGGCACAGGUGGCACCAUCACUGGCAUUGCCCGCAAGCUGAAGGAGAAGUGCCCUGGGUGUAAGAUUAUCGGAGUGGACCCCGAAGGCUCUAUCCUUUCUCAGCCAGACGAGCUGAACAAGACGGACAAGACGACGUACGAGGUCGAGGGCAUCGGCUACGACUUCAUUCCCACAGUGCUGGACCGCGAGGUUGUGGAUGACUGGUAUAAAUCCAACGAUGAAGAAUCCUUCAACAUGUCUCGUCUUCUGAUCAAAGAAGAAGGAUUGCUCUGUGGAGGCAGCUCGGGCUCCGCCAUGGCCGCAGCGAUGAAGGCAGCCAAGGAGCUUGAGGAAGGACAGCGCUGUGUCGUCAUCCUGCCAGACUCCAUCCGCAACUACAUGUCCAAGUUCCUGAGUGACAAGUGGAUGUUUCAGAAAGGAUUCCUCACAGAGGACAGCAUGGUGACAAAGCCCUGGUGGUGGAAUAUGAAAAUCCAGGAGCUGAACCUGAGUGCACCACUGACUGUGCUGCCUACUGUCACAUGUCAGAAAACCAUUGAAAUCCUGAAGGAGAAGGGCUUUGAUCAGGCUCCUGUUGUCAAUGAAUCAGGGCUAAUUCUGGGGAUGGUCACCCUGGGGAAUAUGUUGUCCUCAGUGCUUGCAGGCAAGGUCCAACUGUUUGAUCCAGUCAACAAAGUCCUGUACAAACAGUUCAAACAGAUUCACCUGAAUGACAACCUGGGCAAACUGUCCCGGAUCCUAGAGAUCGACCACUUCGCUCUUGUUGUCCAUGAACAGAUUCAGUACCUGUCAGACGGUUCUCCCUGCCUGAAGCAGAUGGUGUUUGGCGUUGUGACUGCCAUUGACCUCCUCAACUUCGUCACUGCCAAAGAGAAGAAACAAGGCGAGAACUGAGAGGUGCCUUCCUGGUCCAUCCCUGUAAAAGCAGGACACAACAUUGAAUGUAGCAAACUCUUACAUUUUCUUCAAAAUCAGACUCCAUCAUAGUAUAAUGACUUGCCAUUAACAGCAACUGUCAAUUCUGAAACAAAGGCAAUGAUAAUUUGAAUUUGGAAGUGUCCUUAGGAAAAAGAAAAAAGGUUGUUAGGUUUUCUAAUUUUUUAAAUGUUUUGUGGUUCCCUGGCAGACAAAAUCCAGCUUACCCUCAGAUUAGUUUAAAUCCUGAAAUAUACAUGCAUCAUAUUUUCAUGUUUCUUUUGUAAGCAGCAAAAUAUUUUCAAUAUGAUUAUUUACACAUUUGCAGCCUUUUAAAAGAUUAUCUAUCAAAUCUUACACUUGGGCUCCUGAAUGGCUCAGUCAUAAUGCUGAGAGAUCUGGAUUGUAUUAUUAAAUUAUCCUACUGUGACCAGGAAUCAGGGGGGUUUAGCGAUUGAUGGAGCACUGCUGAGGUUGAGUCGCUUUGUAUUGGGCUGUAAGGACUGAAGAGUGCCCCCUGCCAGACAUCUGUGAAACUGCAGUUGUCUUGCAUCCAGUGGUUGCAGUUUUCCAUGUUUUCCACACCUGCCCUUGGUGAGCACAAGGGCUCUCGGUGAAUAGGAUUAAAACUUGGGAGGUGUAAAAAUAAUUGUUGAUGCUAAAUUUGGGAAAAAAUGAGGAAGAUGGAAAUUUGUUGACUGGUUCCUAGUAGUAUUCCAAGUUCAUCCAGGUGGAUGCUGCACAUUGGUGGUGGUGGAAGGGGAGUCCCCAUUGCUAUAAAAAUAUAAGCAAUUAUUAUUAUUAUUAUUCCGCUUGUAUCUUGAAGCGUGGAUUUUGAACUGCUCCUCCGAAGAAGAGCAGUUUAUCUGAUAAGCAGUUGGUAUUUCUGCCACUCUAUGAAUGUUCAAAUAUUGACGUGCAAAGACUCUGUAAAUUAGAAGAAAUCACAUUCCUGUACAUGCAGCUACAAUGCCCUGGAGUGCUUGCUGCUGGAUAACUCGGCCGCUAUAACAUACCUUUUUAAAUCUGGCGCAUUCAGAGCCAGCAUGGUGGCGCAGUGGUUAGCAAUUCUGCCUCAAUGUGCUGGAGCCUGGGUUCACUUCUGGACUUGAGGUGCCAUCUGUGUGGACUUUGUAUGUCCUCCACAUGUUUGUGUGGGUUUGCUCUGGUUAUUCUGGUUUCAUCUCACAGUCCAAAGACGUGUUGGUAAAUUAAUUUACUUCUGAGACAACUGGGCCAGAUGUGUGUUCGUGUCCUGUGAUGGGCUGGUGCCCCAUCUGGGGCCUGCCUUGUCUUGUACCCACUGCUUGUUGGGAUGGCCUCCAGCUCCCCCGUGACCCAGAAUUGGAUGAAGCAGUUAGGAGAUGGAUGGAUGUUCAGAGCACCCUACCAGCCCUCCCUUUCAGAAAACAAGUGCAAAUGACACGAAAGAGAAGCGGUCUUUCAUGCAGUCACAUCACAGUCCAGGUUGACUUGCUUUUCCCAGGAUCCCACCUGCCACCGUAGGGGGUGGAAUCUACACACUAUACUCUUUAAUUUUUGUAUUUAUAAAUACAAAAAAACCUUAAUGAGCAAGUUUGGGAUGUUUUCAUUUGGCUGGAUGAGUCUGCGCAGUGACUGUUAAUGUACAAGGACAUUGAGACACUGGCAAUGGAUGUGCCAAGACUGCUCACUCCCAGACACACCUGGUGAUUCUCCCAGAGGAGCCAGAGGUUGUUUAACCCCGUGCUUUUACAGACUCAAAAACCCCUCCCCCUUGCUUGCACUGGCAAUAUGUAAAUACUUUAUUACCGGUUGGUCCAUAAAUAAUGCACAAGGGAGGAGCUAUACCAUGUGCUUGACAUGGCAGUGCCUGAAGGUCAGCCUGUGGAUACAUAGUAAUAAACCCACACAACAGUCAGUAGAAAUACAGGGAGAAAAAUACAGCAGGCAUAGGGCAUCUUGAAACAGAGCAUUUCCUAGAAGAACUGCAGUAAACUAUUUUAUACCGAAAAUACAGUAGUAUUGUUUCCAAUUCCUUUUGCGUGAAGGAAAUGACUGACCCUGGAGCUGCAUGUUCAGAAAUAAUUGACCCCCUCCAGGGAUGGGUUUAGGGUAGCUGGUGUAUUGGAACACGAAUGCUGAAAUACUGAUGAAUUAGUUUGUCUAAACCCAGUGCCCAAGCAGCAGGGCUUGUAUUGGGGGGUGUUUUCAUGUAUUAAAAUAAAGACGGGAGGUUCAUGAAGUUUAAAAGAUCCUUUUGGAUUUUGUUAUGGUAUGAAACAGGAGUAUGAAACAAGCUACCAGCUGUGUUCUUGAAUCUAAUACUCUGGUUUAUUUCAAGCCAGAUUCCUGGAUCAAUUAGCUGUAAACUACUAACCAGAGUCAAUGGGCAUAAUGGCCUCCUCUCACUUGUAACCUCUUGCUUUUUUCCAUAUUCUAGGUCAAACAUUCUUUACCAUUAUCUGUUUUGAAAACACUGCAAUAAUAACAAUGGCUUCAAAUAAAGUUUGUCUGCUCCCCCAGA